AUGUCUUCUUUCGAGCCAGUUGUUGUUAUUGAUGGUAAGGGCCACUUGUUGGGUCGUUUGGCCUCGACUGUUGCUAAGCAAUUGUUGAACGGUCAAAAGAUCGUUGUUGUCAGAGCUGAGUCUUUGAACAUCUCUGGUGAGUUCUUCAGAAACAAGUUGAAGUACCACGACUUCUUGAGAAAGGCUACCGCCUUCAACAAGACCCGUGGUCCAUUCCACUUCAGAGCCCCAUCCAGAAUCUUCUACAAGGCUGUCCGUGGUAUGGUUUCCCACAAGACUGCCCGUGGUAAGGCCGCCAUGGAGCGCUUGAAGGUUUUCGAGGGUGUUCCACCUCCAUACGACAAGAAGAAGAGAGUUGUCGUCCCACAGGCUUUGAGAGUCUUGAGAUUGAAGCCAGGCAGAAAGUACACCACUGUCGGUAAGUUGUCUACCUCUGUCGGCUGGAAGUACGAGGACGUCGUCGCCAAGUUGGAAGAGAAGAGAAAGGUCAGAUCUGCCGAAUACUACGCCAAGAAGAAGGCUUUCAACAAGAAGGUCACUGCCGCCAAGGCCGCCACCUCUGAAUCCGAAGCUGCUCAGAAGUUGGCCACUCUCGGUUACUAA